AGUUUAUAGAUACGGCUUCGUCGAGACGCUUCGCGGUGGUCCACAGAGAGGACUGAAUGAUUCUCUCGAAUUAGGAUUGUACAAAAAAAAAAAAAAGAAAAGGACAAAAAGUGAAUAAAACUUCGUGUUAAAAAGAAUACGUCGAUUGUGACAGUGAACUUUUUCAUUUGCUUUUUUUCUCUUUUAAAUAAGGCAAUUAUUAUUUAUUUUUUACUCGUCGAUGGAAAUUAUUAAGUCGAUUAAAUUUUUCGAUCCAAGCAUAUCGAUGAUGAAAUUGGAGUAAAAGAUGAAAGAUCGUCGUAUGUGUACAUUCAUACUUAUUCGAAGAAAGAAGAUCUCGUUUGCUUUUUAUUUUUCUUUCUUUGCUUUCGUUCGAUUCUGUUCGAGGGGAAAAGAAAACAAAGAAGAAUAACAAAUUUUUCUUAAUCCAAUAACCGAAAAUGCAUCGAUGCGAGUCGUGGACCGGGGAUUAAAGUAUUAUUUUUUAAAUACAUCGAAGAAUUUUCUGUAAAAUACAUAUAUCGAAUGAAUAUUAAACGAGACGAUGUCGAAAAAGACGAGAAAAAUUUUCUGUUCGGUGAUUUUGAUCUUUGAGUUUAAAUAAUCGGGAAUGUUAUACAAGAAAAUAGAAAACUAUUUGGCUGGUCGAUCUAAUUUACUUCUGAAGUGUCGCGGAUAGUGAAAAUCGAUCGCAAUGACGUUCAAUGUGACAAAUGAAACAUUGAUCAAGUUCCCCGAUUAUGAUAUGAACGAGUCCUUCUACAAAUUCAGAUGGAAGGAACUGGCUCCUGUUCUCGUUGUCUAUUCCUCGACCUUUUUUCUUGGAUUAAUAGGAAAUGUAGUCAUCAUUGCCUCGACGCUUUGUCCAAGAUUAAGACCAUUACCUGCAACCCCUACAAAUGUUUUUCUUGGUGGUUUAGCUACUGCUGAUCUUCUUUUGAUCAUCUUCUGUAUACCUGUGAAGAUCGCAAAGCUCUUCUCAUAUACAUGGACAAUGGGUCUCUUCCUAUGUAAAUCUGUGCAUUACAUGCAAAGCGUUUCGGCCAUCUGUUCCGUCGUCACACUAACAGCUAUGUCGAUCGAAAGGUAUUACGCCAUUGUUCAUCCAAUGAGAGCACAAUACACUUGUACGAUAAGCCAAGCAAGGAGAAUAGUAAUAAUCACUUGGGCUGCAUCUUUUCUUUUAGGUAUACCAAUGGUAUUUACACAGAGGCAUAAAGAAGUUGGAGAAAGGGUUAUAGCUUAUUGGUGUGUUCGUGAUCCUGAUGCAGCAUUUUUAUGGAAAGCACAUGAGGUUUAUAUGCUUGUACUCGUUCUUGUAUUACCGCUUACUGUAAUGGCCUUUUGUUAUACUGCAAUUUGCUGGGAAAUUUGGAGAGUUAUGAAACGUCGUUACCACAUGACGUCGAGACACGCACUCAGUCCGAACAAUGUAGAUGCAGAAUCUAUACCAAUGACACAGAGACAAAUUAGUAUGCGAAAUGGACGUCGGUCGCGUCGAGAGAAUGGUCAAACGGAAGAAGAAUCUCGAACCAUGAAACAGGUGGUAAAGAUGUUGGUAGCCGUUGUGGUUCUCUUCGCUAUUUGUUGGGGUCCCAUAUUAAUCGACAACGUGCUCACAGCUUACCGCAUCCUACCACGUCAGAGAAAGGGAAUUUAUAAGCACAUGAACACGGCUUUCCACUUAAUGGCUUAUUUCAACAGUUGCAUCAAUCCAAUCGUCUAUGGUUUCAUGUCGAAACAUUUCCGUGAAAGUUUCUUAUCGGCUGCCUGCGGAGGCUGGUGGAUUUGUUGUCCAAGAAGAGGCUACAGAACCCCGAUGAAAAGACACUCCAGUUUGAGUCAAACCAGAACGACCAGUGUCAGGUAUGCUUCAACAUUCGAUUGCUUUUUUAAAUUAUUUUUUUUUCUCCCUCAUUUUGUUUUCCUUUCUCCCUCAUUAUGUUUGUUUAUCUUUCUUUUUUUUUAUUCAUUCCAUCUUUGUCUCCUACUCGCGAGAAAGAAAAAAAAAAUUAUUACAAUUAUUUUUGAUCCUUUUUCGUUGUUCUUUUUUAUUGUUUUUUUUUGUUUUGCUUUUUUCUUCUUUUGUUUCUUUUUGAUCUUAUUUUGCUUUUUUUAAUUUUUCUUUUUUUGCUUUUUUUCAUACAGUUUUUUUUUUUCUUUUUCCGCGCAAUCCCAAUAUCUGGAGGUGAUACGAAGAUAUAAUAAUUUUUUGUCGUGGGAACAUAAUUCUUUCUUCUUUUCAUCUCAAUUACCGAUGAAAGAUAGAAAGAGAGAAAAUAAAGAAAAAAAAGAACGCCAUCUUACCAAUCCUAACAUAUUGUACUUUGUCUUUGUCGUAGCGAUUUUCUUUCAUAUUUUGCGUAGAACACAGCGCCGUUUAGAGCGAAUCUGUUGCUCGUAAGUAUUAUCGCAUAAUGUCGCUUUGCUUUUGUAUUUGCGCCGACUCGCUUUUUUUUAUAUACAUAUAUAAUAUAUAUUUUUUUUAUUGUUAUUAUUUUUUAUCUUGUUUUUAUUAUCUAUGUAUUAUAAAUAUCUUCUUGUAGUCGUUUUUUCUUAUAUUUAUAUAUCGAUUAUAAAUUUCUAUCUUCCUCUCUUUUUUUCUUUCUUUAUCUUUCUCUCUUUCUCUCUCACUAUCUCUCUCUCUCUCUCUCUCUCUCUCUCUCUCUCUCUCUCUCUCUCUCUCUCUCUCUCUCUCUCUUUCUCUUUUUAUUUCUCUAUCGUAAUAUCAAAUGAAACGUCAACUCUGUAUAUAAUGUGAAUUUUGUCCUCUUAUAAUUGCUAAUAAACUGCACAAGCGGUUGAUAGGAUACGUUGGAUAAUAAUAGUAACAAAAAAAAAUUUUAAUAAAAAAGAAAAUUAGAAAAUGUCAACUUUCGCCAUACAUUUUUCUUUUUACGACGAAGACAAUAAUGCUUUAGUAUUUUUUUUUUUUCGUUUUGUUCUUUUUCUUUCCGUCUCAUUCGAAAAAUUAAAGAUUUCGAAGAUGUGUAUUUUACUCAUCGAAUAAUUGUCAGACAAACAAUUCAAAGUCGAUACUGUCGAAGAUUAAAUGGAAAUUAUUAUUUUUCUUUGUUUAGUAUUUUACAACUCAUAAGUCAAUAUGAAAAUCAAUUUUUAUUCCUUAUUUAAUUAAAUCUCAAAAGCAAUUACACGUUCGAGUGAGUAUAGUUUUCGAAAGUUGAAAUCGGCUAAUAAAAGUUCUAGAAACCUUGAUAUUGAUUAUCAAAGAGAGAAAUAUGAUCAAUGGGUUUAGUUUAUAUAUUACAUAGAAAAAUUUUCGAAGAAAUCUUUAUCAUUUCGUUCGAAGGAGUUGAAUGAUUUUAAUUAGUGGUAUUAAUGUUCGCGUCUCGUUUGUCAAAAGAGGAGAAGAUUGGAAAAUACCUUGGAAAUAGUUCAUCAAAUUAUAUACAUAUAUACAUACAUAGACACCUAUAUACUUAUAUAUAUGUAUACAUACUACAUAAUAUAUAUACGGAUGUAUACACAUACAAGUAUAUAUGUACUUGCAGAGAAGACAAAUUAGAGAAUUUCCGAAUGAACAAUCUCGUUGGGUGUUAUAAGCGAGAAACGUUGGUUACUAAAUUUAUGCAAGGUUUUACAUAUGUACAUAUGUACAUAUGUACAUAGGUAUGUAUUUACCAACAUCGAUCGUCAACAAAUUUUCCACAGUUCUUUUGCUAUAAUCAUGAAAGUCGUAAAAAAGUAAAGCUUCACGACUUCGUAAAAAGAAAGUUUGAAAUUUCUAAGAGUAAAGAACAUAUGUAUGUAUAUAUAUAUGUAUGUAUGUAGAUAUAUUUGUACCUAUACGGCUAUAUAAAAUAUACGUACAAAAGUAAAGUAAUAUCGUAGGGCAUUAAAGUUGAACGUAAAAAGUAUGAAGAAAAGAGGUUUGUAAAUUUUUUCAAAUACUUUUUGCAUAAUUUUUAGAUUUGAUUUCUACGCUUUUAUUUGUUCAAUAUAAAACAAAGAUUUACUCGAAUGUUUUAUAUGAAUGUGAUCGAUUAAUCGAAUCUUUUAAAUGAAAGAAAAAGUUCGAAGAAUAAUUAUAUUAGGCACUUUUUAUGAUCAAAUUUUUUCUUUGCCUUUUUUUUACAAACAAAUUCGAAUCAAUAAAAUUCAAUAUUUAUUCACAAAUAAUUUAUAUGAGUCUACAAAUAUAUAUAUAUAUAUAUAUAUAUAUAUAUAUAUAUAUAUAUAGUCUACAAAAAUAAUGAAAUUUUUUCAUUGCCUUCAACAAAUUCGAAUCAAUGAAAUUCGAUAUUCAACUAACAAUAUUUAAUAAAAACCUACACGAAUAUAUCACUUAUAAAUGUAAUGAAAUUUCUAUAUUGUUUAAAAAAAAAGAUUAUUUUAUAAAAAUGGAGGAACGAUUAUAUUGUUUUUUAACUUUUAUCAGUAAGUGUACAUAUACACAUAUAUGUAUAAAAGGAGAAAUAUGCAAAGAGAUGAAUUUUAUUGAAUGCCCGAUUCAGGUGGAUACGGAAUUCCUUCAAAGACUCCAAGUCACGAAACUCGACCGACAUGCACCUUGUAGUCUGCCCAUGAAAAUGUUUGCAGCUCGGAAAAGCAUUCCUUCGGCAAAUGGUGUUAACUAGGAAGAUUUGAAAAUGCCGUCUUCGAUAUUGCGUUUCUGUAUGUUUGUCUAUCUCUUUCUCUCUCUCUCUUUUUCUUUUUCUCUCUUUCUCUCUCUUUCGUUCUCUCUGUGUGUCUGUCUCUUCCUUUUUCUCUUCCUCUUUCUUUCUCUCUCUCUCUCUCUCUCCCUCUCUCUGUAAGACUAGAACAACGUGAAAGAAAACACGAUGUUAUCACGAUAAUGGUUAUUACAAUCAUUUCCAUAUACAUUACACAAACACACAGAAAUACAUUUCUUCGGUAAAUAAUUUUCCAUUAUAAAAAUUAACCGAAGCUUUUAUCAAACGAUCAAAUAUGAUUGUAUUAUGGCGAAAAUAACGAGUUAUUUAAGUGUUGUUAUUUAUUUCAAACUUCUUUUUACAAAUUUUAUAUACAUACGUAGACACGAUAUUGGGAAAAGUUAGAAGUUAGGAAGAAGGAAAGUUAAGAAGGUUGAGUGGUAUCUCUGUGAGUAGCAAGUAAUAAUAGUAAUAGUAAUAAUAAUAAUAAUAAUAAUAAUAAUAAUAAUAAUAAUAAUAAUAAUAAUAAUAAUAAUAAUAAUAGUAAUAGUAGUAGUAGUAAUAGUAAUAAUAAUAAUAAUAAUAAAAACUUUGAAAACAAAUUUUUCACUUUUUGGAUAGAUAUUAGUUUCCGUCUUUUACGUCGUUCUUCGUGAUGUAAUUUUAUUUUAAAAAAUUGUUUACAGACAUCUUUCAUCUAAAGAAAAGUUAUAAAAAUUAAAUAUAUUUUUUUAUAAGUAGAAUAAUGUGACAAGAUUUAUAUUACAAGAAAUAUUUUCAAUCCGAUCGAUAUCUAUUUCUUUCAUUUUCCAAAAGACGUUUAACGUUCAUUGAACGUCUAAGAUCCAUAAUUUCUGUAGAUAGUAUAUAAUUAUACACGUAAAUUUAUGUGUAUAUUAUAUAUAUAUAUAUAUAUAUAUAUAUAUAUAUAUAUAUACACACAUAUAUAUACACAGAAAUACGUUCCUAUGUUUGCCUGCUUUGCUUUCUUGCAAUUAGUACGAAAUUUGCAUCACGAAAUUUCACUUUAUGCACGUAGCAUGUCAUUGAACGUCAAACACAGUAAUCGUAAAGUUGUAGUUAAUCUUAUCCAUUGUGCUCGCUACAAAGUGACAAGCAGGUUGGACAUGAGAUGGUAUUAUCAAAAUAUAAUUAAGUUAAUUCUUGUAGAAUUUAGAAACAAAUUGAUUUUUUUUUAUUAUUUCAUUUUUUUUCUUUUUAUCUUAUUUUUAAUGAUUUGAAAAAAUGAAGAUAACAACAGAUCACAUUUCCUUUUCUUAGCCCUAUAUAACUCUAACUAUUUUUUUUUUUUUUUUUUUUUUAAAUUAAAAAAAUUCUAAUGUAUUACUUAUAUAUAUAUACACACUAAUAUAUGACGUUAUAUUUAUAUAAAUAUAUAUAAUAUUCUCUAGAAUACAUAUUACUAUGUAAUAUUCUAAUAGUAUAUAAAAGAAAGAUAAAUUUUAAUAAUUUAGUAAUUAAAGAUAUUAAUUUAUAAGUAUAUAUAUAUAUAUAUAUAUAUAUAUAUAUAUAUAUAAAAUAUGAAAUAAAAUGGAAAAAUGUACACACGCAGACACACACAUAUACACAGAUAAAUAUAUUAAUUCAUUGCAUGUUAUAGAGGGUUAAAACAUUUUCAGAAACUUAUUCACUUCCGCUUGUCUCUUUUACCUAUUUAUUUAAUUAUUACGUUUUUUGCUUACAUCAUACCGCAAAGAAACAAAAUAUAUAUUCCUUGUUCUAUCCUUUUUUUCAUUCCUUUUUUUUGAUUUUCUUUUUUCUUUUUUCUUUUUUUUUCAAUUUGUGUGCUUUCAGAUGGACUUGAUUCUUCCUUCGUCCUCGAAAUACGACGAGGGAAACUUUUCAUAUGUAGAUAGGCAAAUUUUUGGACGGGAAAACGAUGUGCGAAACGAAGUAAUUAAAAAAGUUUCCAGCUAAAUAAAGAGAGAGAGAGAGAGAGAGAGAGAGAGAGAGAGAGAGAGAGAGAGAGAGAGAGAGAGAGAGAGAGAGAAAGAGAGAGAAAGAAGAUAAAGAGAGAAAAAAGAAAGAGAGAGAGAAAGAGAAAACCUUCAAGCUCGAGAGUUUUAAGCGGACUAAUCGUUGAAACGAGCGAAGUCCUGCAUAUCACACUUGUUGAGAUCACUUUCUUUCUUUUAUUUUUUUUAUCUUCCUCUUUAUUUUCUUCCUUUUCCUUUUUUUUUCUUUUCAUUUCUUUUCUGACACGAACACAUCAUCUAUAUAUGUGUACAUAAGAGAGUCUUUUCAACUCGCAUAUACUAAUUUAUACUUAUAUACUUUGUAUAUAAUAACUAUACGGAAUAAUAACGAUUAUAAAACUUUAUCUAUAAUUCAUAUCAUUCUUAAGGUGCUUCUUGUAAGACAUAAUAAUGUUUAAAACGAAAGGAUAAUAUAUAAUAAGAGAAAAUCUCUAAUGGAUUUUCAACAUUAACGAGGGGAAAAUUGAAUCGCUGAUUAAGAUACAAAUUAAAAAAGAAAAAGAAAAAAGAAAGAAAAAUUAAAAUAAAAUAAACUAAAAUAAAAUAAAAUAAAAUAAGAAAGAAGAAAAAUUUUAUUCGCAUAAGCAACAAUGUAUAACUUUGUACUCGUAUUAAUCGAUGAACGGCACGUGAUAUCGAUGCACCUCUUCAUUAUUAUAUAUAUAUAUAUAUAUAUAUAUAUAUAUAUAUAUGUAUGUAUGUAUGUAUGUAUACAUAUACAUAUACAUUAUACAUAAAUAAUAAUAUAUAAAUAUUGAUAAUAAUAAUAAUAAUAUAUCGUAUAUAUAUGUAUAUAUAUGUGUAUAUAUAUAUAUAUAUAUAUAUAUAUAUAUAUAUAUAUAUUAUUUAUUUAUUUUAACGUUGGUGUUGUAUCGAACGAGUUUCCUUUUUACAAAAAAAUUCCUAUAUCAUAGAUAUUUUCUCGAUGUAUAUUGCGUGGAGUGGAUAUAUGUAUAAUAAUGAUAAUAGUAAUAAUAAGAAUAAUAAUAAUAAUAAUAGUAAUAGUAAUAAAAAUAAAAAAAUAAUAAUAAUGAUAAUAAUCCUAAUGAUAAUAAUAAUAAUAAUAAUAAUAAUAAUAAUAAUAAUAAUAAUAAUAAUAAUAAUAAUAACAACAAUAAUAGUUCCGUCGAGAUCACAUUUCAAAGAUACGAAUCUUGUUAUAAAAAAAAGAGAGAAAAACAAAAAAAAAAUAAAAGCAAAAUAAAAAAAGAAGAAAAAAAAACUGCGGAAUAUGACACUAACUUUGUAAAAUUAUAGACAACAUUUUUGAAAUGAGAUUUCUUAUAACGAUAAUCAUCAGUGUGCUCUACAUUCGAUUAUAAUUCUUCAAGUAUUAAUAUUUAGGAAAAAAAUUUUUGCAAUUCCUUAUAAGAUUAUUACAGUGGACUAUAUUCGAUUGUAAUUAAUACAAUAAAUAUUAAAUAUAUUGAUGUUAAGGAUAAAUGAGAAAA